ACCAUGAUAGGAAAGCCAGCGGCUUGGCCGACUCUCACGCUCAGCUUCUGGCCAGCGUCCAGGCAAUCCGAACGAAGGCCUCAACAUAUCGAUCUUCCUUUGGAGUCGCAGGGUGUUCGAUCAUCAGCAUAGGUCGUGUGCAUCGACAACCCUCUUGUUUGAUUUCGUGGAGCAAUGGAGAUAGCGUGGCACGCCAAACUUCCUACUCCCUCCUUUGAUGCACGCCGUGUCGAGCCAGAAUACCUAGUCGACCUGAUGCGGAACCCGCAGCUAAAGGCGGGGGUGGAUUACAUAGUUGUUGAUGUAAGAAGGCAGGAUUUUGAGCACGUCGCGAUUUCAAACGCCAUCAAUCUUCCUGCUCAUUCAUUCUAUCCUACUCUUCCAACGGCCACAACGAUCCUAUCCCGCAUUCCGAUCGUCGUCUUUCAUUGUGGUGCUUGUGGUGCUAUCUCUAGGGGAGCAAGAGUUGCGGGUUGGUAUAAAGACGAGCUAGAACGACGUGGGAUACCGCCGCAAGUCAGCGAAGCGCUGAUUCUGGAAGGUGGAAUAAAAGACUUCGAAGAGAAAUUCGGGGACGUGGAAGAUUUGCUGAUUCGGUUGGACUCUGCCUAGGCAGGAGGGACUCUGGAUAAUGUCGCGCUGGUUGUUGAGGAGCCUCGUAAAUGAUAUGGGAUAUACAACUGGGACUUAAACGUAUCGGCCAGUGAUAUAAAUUGUUGUUUCACCGUGCUACCUAAAUAUAUAUAUGUCGGUUAUCCACCUAUUGGACAUCCAGCAAUU